AACCGAAUUAACUGUCUUAUAUAUUUACUACACCACAAAUGUCCUUGAACCGUUUUCUAGAUCGAAUCGAUGAACUGUCAAUAGGUAUUCAAGAAUGCAAAUUCCCCGAGAAUGGGAUGUUCACCAACGCCAUGAUCAAUUCACCUGGGAUUAUCACCCUUCUUAAAGAUACAUACCAAGAUGAAGGAUUACUAUAUGCUACCAGGAACCCCGAGAUACAACCACAAACAGAUUUAUCCAGUGGAAUUAAAAAGUUACAGCGACGUGAUAGUAGAAAGCUCUUUGAGGAACAGGACUACCUUGAUUUUGAAGAUGUGGAGGAACUCGAUAGACCGUUUGUUCGUUUACCUGAACUAGCUAAUCAAGACCUUCCUGACGUGUCGUUUGUUCCCUUUGAUGCGGAUUCCAAUGACUUGGGUUACUUAAUACAAUGGAACAAGGAAGUUCUUCUAAAAUAUCCAUUAAUAUUGGAAGCGGAUCAACAUAUUCAAGAAUUGGUCAAUUGCGAGAAUGAGUAUAUUCAAACAACCCAUGACAUUAAAGCGUUGGAAGAAGAAGUUAAUAGGAAUAAGGAAUUGAUCAAUUUGAGAGAUGGCUCGGGAAGGAUACCUGUUGACAGGGCCGAAGAGGACCGAGCCAUAGAUGCCUGUACUCAAAAACAAGAAGAGGAAAUACGAGAGUUGGAAGCGCAACUUAUGGAAAUACAGAACCGUCAAUAGUACUUCAUCUCUACAAUCAGUAAUAUUUUUUUGUUUUGUUUUUGAUUAUCCUACCAUUAAAUUAAUAUAUACACCUAAUAU